CGCCGCCGCCGCCGCCGCCGCCGCCGCCGCCGCCGCCGGUGUCAGCCUCCCUCGGGAGACUCCAUUUGCUCUCAGGUUGGUUUGGCCGCCGCGAAGGCAGGCGGAGAGCGAUGCCCCCGGCCCGCGGACUGGCGUCCCCUGGGCCAAGCGCCCGCCCGCUCGCUGGCUGGCUGCGGCGGUGACAUCCUGGUCGCUGGCGUCCACGGAGGAAUCCGGGCUCCCACGGAGCAAAGAUGUCCGGCGUUCCGGAGCUCUCCGUGCGGGGAGAGGCCCUCGCUAACGCGGCUCCUCUCUGACCGCUUAAUUUCAGGAGGUUUCGGAGGCUCCGAGUGCCUAUACAGCCCCCGACAGGAACUACUUCUGUUGGCCCAUCGAGGAUCAUCUUUCACCAGGAUUAUCGUAACAUCUUCACUGAGCCUUCCCCCACCCCAUACCCUCUACCAUGAGUCCUGAUUUCUGCCAAUGAAGUUUUUUGAUGCUUUCUUUAAUCAUGUGACACCACUUCUUGUCCACCUUUUUCCUUUUCAGUUGCCAAACACAUGAGGUGGAGGUUUGUGUCAUGUUAAAGUACACAGUUUCCUGCCUGUCCCCUUUCACCUGAUUUGCACCGCUCCCUUCUGUUCAGCUUGCCUUACCCUGAUUGCUUACGAUUUCCAUAACCACUCACUUGCACAUCGUGUAGCAGCCCUUGCCUGGGGAGAUAGCAUUCCAUACAGCGCACUGCCUGACAAGGACAGCAGUCAGGGGCGAGUUUUCCCGUUGUAUUUUCCUAUCAGGUUUGCAAGCCCUUCUUCCAACUCUUUGUUCCCUAGCACAGUGCCCCAAAUACUCCCACCAGAGUCUUAGUUUCUUUAACAUAGAGCUUCGCCCAUAAGGAUGGCAAGAAUCAAGUAUGUAAUGUGACUGUUUUAGAGACCUUGCUGGUACAAUAUUGGUUGUCAUCGCCACUGAGAUCGCAGUUCAUGAAAAGACCUUAAACUAAGGGAGGAGGAGGCAAGAUAGAAGGUAGGAUUAAGUGGAGCCAGUCCUUGUUGUUUGAAGUUUGUAAGUUUCAAAACAGCAAAGUGAAGAGAGUCAUGUAGGCCUUGUCUGGAAAUUGGCCAGCACACUGUCCAUCUAGGUCCUAGGGGGGCAGGAAAGGGACCUUAAAACCCCAUUUUCUAGUCUCAUUGUGUCCAAAUCUAAGUUGUUACGUAUCUUGUUCUAGUAAUCGUCUAAAAUACUAGAUACAAUGUUGGGGAAACGAAAGCGUGUGGUGUUGACAAUUAAGGACAAGCUUGACAUUAUUAAGAAACUUGAGGAAGGCAUCUCUUUCAAAAAACUUUCUGCGGUGUAUGGAAUUGGUGAAUCCACAGUGCGUGAUAUUAAAAAAAACAAAGAAAGGAUAAUAAACUAUGCAAACAGUUCAGAUCCUACAAGUGGGGUAUCCAAACGUAAAUCUAUGAAGUCAUCAACAUAUGAGGAACUGGAUAGAGUUAUGAUAGAGUGGUUUAACCAACAGAAAACAGAGGGGAUUCCAGUGUCUGGAACGAUUUGUGCAAAGCAAGCCAAGUUCUUUUUUGACGCCCUGGGGAUGGAAGGUGAUUUUAAUGCAUCGUCUGGCUGGCUGACUCGAUUUAAGCAGCGCCACGGUAUUCCAAAGGCUGUUGGUAAAGGAACAAAACUGAAAGGAGAUGAAACUGCCGCCAGUGAGUUUUGUGGUAACUUUCAGGAAUUCGUUGAGCGAGAGAAUCUACAACCAGAACAAAUUUAUGGUGCUGAUCAAACUGGAUUGUUCUGGAAAUGUCUACCGUCAAGGACAUUAGCUCUUGAAACUGAGCGGAGUACUUCUGGUUAUAGGUCAAGCAGAGAGAGAAUCAUUAUCAUGUGUUGUGCAAAUGCCACAGGUUUACACAAACUUAAUCUUUGUGUUGUGGGGAAAGCAAAAAAGCCUCGUGCAUUCAAAGGAGCUGACCUCUCGAACCUUCCUGUCACUUAUUUCAGUCAAAAAAGUGCAUGGAUAGAACAUUCUGUUUUCAGACAGUGGUUUGAAAAGUACUUUGUGCCACAAGUCCAGAAGCAUUUGAAAUCCAAGGGGCUUCUAGAGAAAGCAGUGCUCCUUUUGGAUUUUCCCCCAGCCCAUCCAAAUGAAGAACUGUUGAGUUCAGAUGAUGGUAGAAUAAUUGUGAAAUAUCUACCACCAAAUGUCACAAGUCUCAUUCAACCUAUGAGCCAAGGAGUUCUAGCCACAGUAAAAAGAUACUACCGAGCAGGACUUCUCCAGAAGUACGUGGAUGAAGGAAUUGACCCCAAAAUGUUCUGGAAGAACUUGACAGUGUUAGAUGCAAUUUAUGAAGUGUCGAGAGCUUGGAACAUGGUAAAAUCAAGUACCAUAACCAAAGCAUGGAAAAAACUUUUCCCUGGCAAUGAAGAGAAUUCAGGCAUGAAUAUUGAUGAAGGAGCCAUUUUAGCAGCUAACUUAGCAACAGUUUUACAGAAUACAGAAGACUGUGAACAUGUUGACCUUGAGAAUAUCGAUCAGUGGUUUGACUCUCGGAGUAAUGACUCAAACUGUCCAGUGCUAACCGACAGUGAAGGUGCCGAGGACCGGGCCAAGCCUGCCGAGCACAAGCCUUCCAGUAAGACUAGAAAAACAGAACUGAACCCGGAGAAGCAUAUUAGCCACAAAGCUGCACUCGAAUGGACCGAAAAUUUACUGGAUUAUCUAGAACAACAGGAUGACAUGCUUCUGUCUGAUAAACUGGUGUUGCGGAGGCUUCGAACAAUAAUAAGAAGAAAACAGAAGACCCAGAAUAACAAAAGUCAUUAAUAAUCCUCGUAAGGGUUUCAGUGUGUUUGCAUCUUUGUGACUUUAUCUGCAGUGGAACUUAAUUACCGUGUUUGCAGUGCUGUGGAUUUCAGGGCCAAAUAUAUUUUAUUAAUGAAUUUAGGAUUAGAUGCUGUUUUGGAUUACUUCAAUGACUGUGCUUGAAUGUGCAUCCUAGGAAGUGAGCAUUGACAUGUAUCUUGUCUGUUUCUAAUCUGUAUUAUACUAAUUGACAUCAUAAGGUACCUGAGGCCAGGGAUCCUGUGUCUGUUUUGUGCCUGAAUUUCAUUGUCUAAUAGAGUACCAUGCACACUCUAGGCAAUCAAUAAAUCUUUCUUAAAUUGAAUUUUUAUGGCUUUCUCUGAACUUCAGUUUCCAAACUGAAAUACGUGGAGGGUAAGUUUACCUUUCUACCGCGGUUUUUUUCUACCUGCCGAAAAUUUUAGAACUCAGCAAAGAUUAUACUUGAAGUACAUGUAUUUCACUGUGAAAGCAGAGAACUGAAGGAAAAUACUCUGAAGCCUGAAAUAUGGCAUUUCUAUACCAAUAGUAUUUGGACAAUCAGAAAUUCAGAUUGGCUGUCUCUUUAUAAUGAAGUAAGAAGAAAUAAGGUUAAAACGUCCCCAGGCAAAGGACUUGCACUUCACUUUUAUUUCAUCUGGCAGUAGGGAGAGUUCCUUCAGAGUUGUGGAAAGAAUGCCAUCAUUGUUCCAGAAAAACAGAUUUCAUUUCCAAAUCAUUGCUAUUAGAAGAGAAUAAGGAUUAAACUGUAUUAUCUGUCAUUUUGAUUCUUUAUUAGUAGAGAUAUGUAAGUAGUUUUUUCUCUUUAAUAAGCUAUUUGAUGUAACACUUCAAAGCUUUAAAGUACGUCAUUUGCUUUCAUAAUAGCGUAUUUUUCUUGAGAACUAAUACCGAGAAUAUAAGCAUACAGUGCAUUUGUGGAGCCACCACGUGAACUGACAUUAAAUUGAACAUGAGAAAGGCCCUAUAGGACAGCAUAGGCUGCUGUGUGACCACGGGCCAGUUACUUGACCCAUCUGUAAAACAGGAAUAAUACCUGCCUCUGAGAGUGUUUUGAGGAGUACAUGAGUUAAUAUAUGGAUUUUAAGUAAUACAGGCUUAGAACAGGACCUGGCUCAGAAAAAGUCCUCUAAGUGUUAGCUCCUGUUACCGAGUUGCAGAAAUGAUGUUUCAGAAGUGUGCUCAACAGAUCCAGUGUGUGAAUCAUCCCUGACGUUGCUGCACUGGGAAAACCCUUUGGAGGGAGGUGAGAUAAAAGAGAUGCAAGUGACCAGAUUCAGCUGAAAUAUAACAAUAAUUUACUUCAAAGAAAACUGGAAGGUUAAUCCAAUUCAGAAAUCAUUUCCCGACCAUCUACUGCUAGGCACAGUGAGGCAUGCCGGCACGUUUAAGACAUCUUAGUUUGAAUUAUAAAAGGAAAUGGGAAUGGGAUUGUAGUUUCUUUGCUCCAGGCCUGCAAAUAAAAUACAUAGAUGUUGGCUUUGUUCACAGAAUCUGUUACUGAUAUUGGCCUCGUUUACUGAAGUAAUAAAAUACCUUUAAAGCAGACAAGGUAGCAGUUAGGAGGACCAAACUAAAGUAACACAGGAUCAGGAGAAAAUUAGAGUAAAAGAAAUAUCACAGGAGACUGGUUACGGUAAUUAGGUCCAGCCAUGUACUGGGAGCUUUGUUGUGACUGACCUGAGAUUUUAGAAGCUCUGACAGUCCUUCACGAGGACUGUUAAGCUCAGAAUUCUGCCUUUUGACAAAGCAGAGGCUUUGAGUUCGAGAAAGGCCUUUUCGGAAAACCUCUAAAAAUAUUUUCUUUGGGAGGAUUCAUACCUUAUUAUUAACACACCUCUCGCAGUUUACACAAUUUCACUUACUAGAGAGGCCUGAGGAAAUGAAACUUUGUGCAGAUAAGUCCUGAAACUAUUUGGCUUCUUGGAGGCAAAGGGAUUCUGAAGCCUGGAAAUGGUAAUGACAUAUUUGAAUACUGCUUUGCAUUUUUCACAGAGCUUUCUGCUCUUCAAACUUCUUACAGUCAUGACAUUGAAAUGGUUUAAUCCUGUUUUAUCAUAAAGGCCGAUAUAAACUAUGCAUUCUAAUUCCAUAAUUAACUUUAAUACAAAAAUCUUUUUCCUUUUCCAGGUAUUGUUAUAUUAAUUAUAUCCUCUAGGAAGACGCAUUGUGUUAACCCCAUGCUCCUUGUACGUACCCUAGUUUGAGCAGCACAGAAAAUAAUGUGCUCUCAUUUGACUUUGUGCACCUUAAAGAAAGUAUCCACACAUUUAUUUUUAAAUAAAUUUAUAAAUGGAAAUUAAUAAAUUUUCCAUUUAUAAAAGUGCCUAUUUUUUAGAGGAUUUGAAAGACACAGAACUCAGACCAAAUGGGAAGUGUUUGGCAACUGAGAGCAUACUUUAAAAAAACUUGUGUAGUGGGAAUAUUUACUAUUUCAUAAUUUAAUUUCAGAGAGCAAUAUAGGGGUUGACUGGAGAACCUUGAAUGCUCAGUAAGUAUAACAGAGUCUGCAGGGCCCAGUUAGUAGGCACAGUCAAUUCAAGUAGGAUUAGAGGGUUAUAAUGGUGCUCUUGUUCUGGAACUCUCUUUGUUUUCAGUCUAGCUUCAGACUGAGCUCUGUGGUCCCUUCAUCAUGAAUCUUCUGGAUUUAAGGAAGCUCGUGGUGGACUCAGUGGCACAGUUGACAUGAAGCAGGAGACAGCUAGUCAGGUCAUGAUCUCAGAGACACUCUGCCUCCAGUAAUGUGGCCAAAGCCCCCCAACGUAUUACAAAUCAAAGCCAGGACCUGCACUACAAAUACUUACUACUAAGUGUCUACUUACUAGUAUUUUCACAAAGUUCACCUGGUCUUAUUUAAACAUAUACUUUAUCUCCACCCUAAGCAAAAUCACAGGUCUUGUGUGCUGACUGCGGUCUCUUUCUAGUCCAAGUUAAAGUAAAUAUAAAACUUUUUUUUUUUUAUAACUUGACAGUCUGUAACCCCAAAUUACCUUGUAUAUCUCAUUGGCACAUUUUGUGAAACUCUGGCUCAGAAGAAGGAGUGGGGUUGUGGAAGGGUAAUGGAUUGGAGUACAAACACCAGCUUCUCUGCUUUCUCCCUAGAUAACCUUGACAGCUUUCCGGACCUCUCUGAACCUCAAGUUUCUUCACGUGUAAAAGGGUGGCAGGUUAAACGGGCACACUCCAAGUGUUCAUAAACACCAGCUAUUAAGCAACCCUAUGGCUGUUCACUGAGAAUCCCUGGCCUCCAGGCUUAGGCUGGAGAAUGAAUCACAGUCCUUCUCUCAUGGUGACUCUGUGCAGACCUCCGGGAGGCCUGGGCACCCUUGUUGAGGUCUAGGGCACUGCCUCGUCACUGGGAAUGCUGGCUGGGGUUGCUGCCACAGGGUCAUGAACUAUGGAUUUGAAGAAAUAAAUCCUUAAUUUCUAGGUGUAAAUGAACUAAUGCAAUUAUUUUUGAUCAGUGAGUGGAAAACAAGAUGGUGAGUGACUGAACAGUGUCACAGCAACGUGAUUGGGCCUAGAUUUAUUUCCAUUUUCUACUGAUAUACUUUCCAAGGGAUACCUUUAUUAAUGCUUUUUAAAAAACUACCACUGCUAUCUUCUAAAAUGAUCUACUUUUAUAUUCUGGGAGACAAAUGUACCUGUUAAAUAAACUGUCCUUAGCUCCUUAAGUACCCAUCACACUGAUAGAUUGAUUUAGCAGGGAAUUAAUAGAUCAGGUAGUUGAACUGCUUUACUUCUCACAGGAGGAAACUGAAGUCAAGAGAGGUUAAGUAACUCGGACUUGUGAUGCACAGUCUAGAGGCUGUACUUAUUAUAACCUUUUUUUCUGCAUCACAUCACUAAGGACUUAAACGUAAGUUAAAUCACAUUUAAAAGAUCAGAUUCUUCUGGAUCUUUUUUAUAUCCUCUUCAUAGCUUGUAGUAUUAGUGGCCUACCAAGGGGAAGUGAUAACUGUUUAUUGGGGAGAAUGCUUGUUUGCCAGUUAUCUUGAAUCUGUAAACAAACUUGCUAUUAAUAGUUGAGUAGAAUGUGGGUAUAUAUGUGGGUAUAUAUGACUUCCCUGUCCUUGUGAUAGCCAUAACACGUCGAAGCCAGUGCAUGUGAAGUCUACACUGUUUUCUAAAGGCAGAAGCCUUCCUUAGGGUGGUUAAGUCAGUAGGAAUAUUUCUAAAUGGGGCAUCAAGUAAAGACUGGUCCUGAGUUUCGGAAGCAUGCAGACAUUUUUAGUACGACCUCAUAUCCCAUCAUAGCUGACUUCGGAGGCACUGGGUGAGGAGGUCAUGAGAAAGAUCAACAAACCAAAAUAAAAGAGAAUCUAAGUAAAACUACCAAGAUCAAAAAAAAAGAGAAAAGUCAUAACAGCUUUAAUAAAUGACUUUGUCUAGAGCUAUUAGUCAAUUCAUAGCUCGAAGACUCAACCUGGUAAUUAACAGUUUAAUUAAUAUCUACUAAUCUACAGUUACUUAGGGACCUCUCAUCUUCAAAUAUUUGCUUCAAAUAUUAUUAAACUUACUUUCUGCCAGAAAUCAUGCUAAUUACCUUACAGAUGUUGUCUUUUUUAAUGCCACAAAACUGUAAGAAACUACAAAUAUUAUCCUCAUUUUUACAAGAAUGAAAAUGAAGCUAAGAGAGUUUAAACAACUUGCUUUAUGUUGCAUUCUUAGCAAAUGAUUGGGCCAAGAUUUAGACUUAGAUCUAACUCCAAUGACACUUGCAUUCAUGAUCUAAUCAGAAGGUUGAUAGAAUCCCUGACUGGGCAUCUUUCCGUCUCCCUGCUGUUAGGUAACAUAUGGGCCCUCCUGCUGGUUAAGCACUUGGGUCAUUCUCUUCAUCUGAGGUCAGUUUUCAAUAUAAUCCUUUCUUCUUUCAGGCCUUAGGGAUUUGGUCUGCUUACUUUUCUUUUUUCCAGCUGUCACUGAUUCUCCCUCCUGUGAUUCAUCUCCUACUAGAAUUCUGGAACAGAAUACAGAUUCCCUUUUUUUUCCCUCUUUCUGUUAUUUCUGAUUAAAAAAAAAAAACCUUCAAAUUUUUAAGGAGAAUCUCACUAGCAACUUCAAGUUGCAAUAUAAUGAUAUUACAAUUGCUUCUGUGCUUCACUAGCAAAAGGUUACUUUUGUUACUGAUGUUAAAUUUACUGUUCAUAAUUAUUUUUGCAUAAGUUCUUAGACACUUAUAAGGCAAUAAGUAGAAUUUUAGUUUGACUCAAUUACAAUUUCAUAACCCUUGCUCUUUCUGCAGGCGUACAACUGUCCUGAUUUAUCUUGCUAUAGCUUAUACUUGAGAGAUACUAAAAGACAUUAUUGAAGAUUAUAUUAUCAAGAUUUACAUCUUAAGAAAUAACUAAAGACAAGAGACCUGAAUAUGAGGAAUUUCAGAAAACGCCCUCCUAUUAGCCAACUUUGCCUUUACUGAGACUAGUAUUUAUGGAGCACUUCAAGUUCUAAAUGCUUCUUAUAUAAAAAGCCAUGAUGAUGAUUAUCUACACUUUACUGAUGGAGAAAUUGAGGCACAGAAUCUGCCCAAGAAUACUAAAGCUGGGAGCCUCCGUCAUGUCGCUAAACACACUCCAGGCCCAGGAGCUGGAAGGAAGGAAGAGGGUCCUGGGAAAGAUGAAGCAGCUACUUUCCACCAACGAGGACUGGGCAUGGAGCUCACGUGGGCAGCUCAGGGAAUAACGUGCCUGGAAGAGCCUUCUGGAAGGAUGUGAGAGUCAUGAGAACGAGACCUGGAAAGCUGAGUUGCCCCGGCCGGAUAGAGCCCAGGAAAAUGAGGACCCAGCCAGUCUGCUCCCAGACAGACAAGAGAGGCCAGCUGAGGCCAGGAGAAUCACACAGCCUUAGUCUCUGAGCUGCACCUGAUUCUAGCUGUAUGAGCAAUAAACGCUUAUUCUUUUUAGCCACUGAGUUUUAGGGUAGUGUUUUAGGCAGCAUUGUUUGUAGAAUAGGUAAGUGUUACAAACUAUAUUACUAACUAAACAUGAGCGCAUGCCCAACCCAGGUGAUACGUUUUAACAAAUGUAGAAACUAUGAAAUACCUAGCAUUCUAUUGCAUCAGCUAUUUGGGCCUGUGUGAUGUUUCCUGAGAGCCUCUAGCCAUUUAGUAAAUCUAGUUUUGACUUUAGGUACAGGAACUGGGGGUGAAAGAAGAAAUUGAGUAUGGGCAUGGGGAGGAACUGUUACAUAUGAAUGUUUGUGUCCCCCGCAAAAUUCGUAUGUUGAAACCCUACCCCCCAGUGGGUCUGUAUUUGGAGAUAAGGGCUCUAAGGAACCAGUUAAGGUUAAAUAAAAUCAUAAGGGUGGUGCUCUCAUAGAAUUGUCUUCGUAAGAAGGAAUAUCAGAGAUCAAUCUCUUUCUCUCUCAAGCCCUGUGUGCACACAAAGAAGAGUCAUGUGAGAACGCAAGGCCAGCUGCUUACAAAACAUGCCUCGGAACGAAACCUACCUUGCUGGUACCACGAUCUUAGACUUCCCAGCCUCCCAAACCGUGAGAAAUAAACGUCUGUCGUUUAAGCC